AUGUUAAACUAUGAAAUUGGAGCCGACAGAGAAGAUAACCCUAAAUGCAAGUCAAUUGCAAGAAAGUAUGGACAAACCAUUCUGAACAUGCUCCUAGCAAAGGAGAAACAUGAGAACAUUUGCUCCCUGAUUGGAUUAUGCCGAGUUGAUGGAAAGAAAAGUAGUAAUAGAAUAACAUUUAGAUGCAAUACUUGUAAAAUGAUAGUUGUGUGGAUGAAGAGUCAGCAUAGGAGGAAUCAAACAAAAGAAUUUAUUUUAAACUACGUUGAAGUGCUAUGUGAUUCAAUGCCACCAAAUCGGCAAAGACAAUCAACUGUGAAUUGUGUGCGAAUGUCUUCCAUGCCUAUUGUCACAUUUUUAAUUGGUGGUAGAAAUUUUACACUCUCACCUAAAGAUUAUGUAAUCCAAAUUGGAGGUGGUUGCAUAAGUGGCUUUACAUCCUUAGAUAUUGCUCCUCUUCUCGGACAUAUCUGGAUUUUGGGGAAUAUAUUCCUGGGUCGUUACCACACCGUAUUUGAUUAUGGAGAGAUGAAAGUUGGAUUUGCAGAUGCAACGUCAUCAUUAUAA